AUGCCUCCCUUCCACGAUUGCCGCGAUGGCGGUCUGCUUGUUCUGGACCCGGCUGCGGCGAUGUUCGGCGGCGUGAGGCAGCGGAAGCGCGCGCGCGUGACGGCCGUGCCCCCCUGCGUCUUCGCCGCCGCGGCUGCGGAGGAGGAGGCGCUCAGGGCGGCGCCGGCGGCCAAGAGGCAGAGGCAGAGGGAGGCGCCGACCCUCGACGCGCUCCCGGACGGGUGCCUCUUCGAGAUCCUGCGCCGCGUGCAGGGCGCCCGCGCGCGGGGCGCCUCCUCCUGCGUCUCCCGCCGCUGGCUCGCGCUGCUCGGCGGCAUACGCGCCUCCGAGAUCAAGCGGGCCCCGGCCGUUCCGGACCUCAACCAGGUCUUCGUCUGCGAGGACGAGGACGAGGCCGCGGACGCGCGCCCGGGCCGCUCCGAGAGGACCCUCGAGGGCGAGGGCGCCACGGACGUCGCGCUCACCGCGGCGGCCGUCGCCGACGGCCUCCGCGGCAGCCUGGAGAGCGUCGUUGUCCGGGGGAGCCACCCCACGCGCGGCGUCACCGACAGCGGCCUCUCCGCGGUCGCCCGCGGGUGCCCGUCGCUGCGCUCGCUCGCCAUGUGGGACGUGCCGCAGGUGACGGACGCGGGGCUCGCCGAGAUCGCCGCCGGGUGCCCCUCGCUAGAGAAGCUCGACAUCACCGGCUGCCCGCUGGUCACCGACAAGGGCCUCGUCGCCAUCGCUCAGGGAUGCCCGGAUUUGAAGACGCUGACCAUCGAGGCAUGCUCUGGCGUUGCCAAUGAGGGCCUCAAGGCUAUCGGAAGGUCCUGCUCCAAGCUGCAGGCGGUGAACAUCAAGAACUGUGCAUAUGUUGGUGACCAGGGAGUGUCUGGCCUCAUCUGUUCCGCGUCAGCCUCGCUUGCCAAGGUCUGCCUUCAGGGUUUGAGCAUCACUGAUGCUUCUCUUGCUGUGAUUGGGUACUAUGGAAAGGCGAUCACAAACCUCACCCUCACUCGCCUGUCCGCGGUUGGCGAGAGGGGUUUUUGGGUCAUGGCAAAUGCCCUUGGCCUGCAGAAGCUCAGAUGUAUGAGCAUCACCUCAUGCCCAGGAGUCACCGAGCUGGCACUUGUUUCCAUUGCCAAGUUCUGCCCGAGCUUGAAGCAGCUUUACCUCAGGAAGUGCAGCCAAAUCUCAGAUGGUCUUCUCAAGGAUUUCGCAGAAGCAGCCAAGGUUUUGGAGAACUUGCAGAUUGAGGAAUGCAACAGGAUUACUCUCAUGGGCAUCCUUUCUUUCCUCCUGAACUGCAGCCCCAAGUUCAAGACUCUCUCUUUGGUGAAGUGUACUGGUAUCAAGGACAUCUGCUCUGCACCUGCACAGCUCCCUGUUUGCAAAUCACUUCGGUCCCUUACCAUCAAGCAGUGCCCGGGAUUCACCGAUGCGAGCUUGGCUGUGGUUGGCAUGAUCUGCCCUCAUUUGGAGAAUCUUGACCUGAGCGGUCUUGGCGCAGUCACCGACGAUGGCCUCCUUCCCUUGAUCAGGAGUUCUGAAAGUGGUCUGAUUCAUGUUGACUUGAAUGGUUGCGAGAAUCUCACAGAUGCAGCUAUUUCUGCCCUGGUGAAGGCGCACGGCACUUCUCUUGCACAUCUGAGCCUUGAGGGCUGCAGCAAGAUAACUGAUGCGAGUCUGUUUGCCAUUUCCGAGAGCUGCUCUGAGCUCGCCGAGCUUGAUCUUUCAAACUGCAUGGUCAGCGACUAUGGUGUUGCGGUGUUGUCAUCCGCGGAGCGGCUCAAGCUCCGUGUCCUCUCACUGUCUGGCUGUCUCAAGGUCACACCCAAGAGUGUGCCCUUCCUGGGAAGCAUGCCUGCGUCAUUGGAGGGCCUCAAUCUCCAGUUCAACUUCAUCGGCAACCACAACAUUGCAUCACUGGAGAAGCAGCUCUGGUGGUGCGACAUCCUUGCUUAA